AUGGAGCAGCGCUGUAGUCAUCCUACUAACAGAAGAGCCAAAGAGGAAGGUAAUGCUGUGCCUCUUUGUCAAGACAAACCCUCCCCCAGCGUUAUUAAUCUUCAAGCAAGUUCCCCAUCAGCUACUUUCCUGAAAAUCCUGGCCACAAAGCUGCCCUCGGGAAUUGACCACAAGCCCAAGGAAUACCUGGGACUCCUAGAAUGUAUGUAUGCCAAUCUCCAGCUUCAGGCCCAGCUUGCCCAACCGCAGAUGGCUAUUUUGGAAAAUUUACAAGCAUCCAUGACACAACUGUCUCCUGGGAGAGAAAGCAAGAACUCUUCUCUCCCAGCCUUAUCUCGUAAUCUGUUGUUAAAUCACCUCUCCAAUUCAACUGGCUCCGACUUAGAAAUUGGUCUGUGUCUGGGAUCAGACUGGGUCUGGCUGAAACUGGACAGGGUCCAGUGUGGGGCUUCAGGUACCCGUUGGUUGUAG